ACCGGAUUAAGGACCAAGGUGCCUCUAGGCUCUGAUACCCCUAUAUUUGCCCCAGCCAUGAGCCGGCGAGUGGUUCGGCAAAGCAAGUUCCGCCAUGUGUUUGGUCAGGCAGCAAAGGCCGACCAGGCCUACGAGGACAUCCGGGUGUCCAAGGUCACAUGGGACAGUGCCUUCUGUGCGGUCAACCCCAAAUUUCUGGCCAUUAUUGUGGAGGCUGGAGGUGGAGGUGCCUUCAUUGUCCUGCCUCUGGCCAAGACAGGACGAGUGGAUAAGAACUACCCACUAGUCACUGGGCACACUGGCCCCGUGCUGGACAUUGACUGGUGCCCACACAAUGACAACGUCAUCGCCAGUGCCUCAGACGACACCACUGUCAUGGUGUGGCAAAUUCCAGACUACACCCCUGUGCGCAAUAUCACAGAACCUGUCAUCACACUUGAGGGCCACUCCAAGCGUGUGGGCAUCCUCUCUUGGCACCCCACUGCCAGGAAUGUCCUGCUCAGUGCAGGUGGUGAUAAUGUGAUCAUCAUCUGGAAUGUGGGCACUGGGGAGGCACUGCUGAGUCUGGACGACAUACACCCUGACGUCAUCCACAGUGUGUGCUGGAACAGCAAUGGCAGCCUGCUAGCCACCACCUGCAAGGACAAGACCCUUCGAAUCAUUGACCCCCGGAAGAAUCAAGUGGUUGCGGUGAGUGCCUGGGCUGCCCACGAGGGGAUGAGGCCCAUGCGGGCUGUCUUCACGCGGCUGGGUCAUAUCUUCACCACGGGAUUCACCCGCAUGAGCCAGCGAGAGCUAGGCCUGUGGGACCCGAACAACUUUGAAGAGCCAGUGGCCUUGCAGGAGAUGGACACAAGCAACGGAGUGCUACUGCCAUUCUAUGAUCCUGACUCCAGCAUUGUCUACUUGUGUGGCAAGGGUGACAGUAGCAUUCGGUACUUUGAAAUCACGGACGAACCACCUUUUGUGCAUUAUCUGAACACUUUCAGCAGCAAAGAGCCGCAACGGGGCAUGGGUUUCAUGCCCAAGCGGGGGCUGGAUGUCAGCAAAUGUGAAAUCGCCAGGUUCUACAAGUUACACGAACGAAAGUGUGAACCCAUUGUCAUGACUGUACCUCGAAAGUCGGACCUGUUCCAGGAUGACCUAUACCCAGACACGCCCGGCCCUGAGCCAGCCCUGGAAGCAGAUGAAUGGCUAUCGGGUCAGGACGCAGAACCUGUUCUAAUUUCGCUGAAGGAAGGCUAUGUACCCCCCAAACACCGCGAGCUCCGUGUCACCAAGCGCAACAUCCUAGAUGUGCGUCCACCAGCCGGUCCCCGGCGCAGCCAGUCAGCCAGCGAAGCCCCCUUGUCGCAGCAGCACACCUUGGAGACACUGCUGGAGGAGAUCAAGGCCCUUCGCGAGCGGGUGCAAGCUCAGGAGGAGCGCAUAACGGCUUUGGAAAACAUGCUUUGUGAGCUGGUGGAUGGCACAGACUAGCGCUGCGUAUGUGCGCAAAAGCUCUGCACGCUGCAGACCGGAUGGGAGCAGGGCGCACAGACUGGCAGCACUGGCUUUUGGUCUGGGACUCUGCACCCUGCUUCCUGGGGUUGGGAUUAGGGGCGAGACCAGAAAAGAAACUCCGUCCCUCAUAGGAGGUCUGGGCACACCUAUCUUAAGUGGCAAGGACUGAGCUCCGUACUAGGUCCCUGACUUUUCGAUAUGAAGCCUAGAGGGAGCCUAGGAUAAUGCCAGCCUUAGCAAUGGUGCUUAGGGGUGAGGUGGUGUCCCUCGCAAUCCCUUACCCUGGGCAGGGGAAUCGCUUAGUGUGUUGACUGGGGAUACUGCCAGGCUUGGGCUUGGAAAAUCAAUGGAAAGUCAACAGGUAUCCCCGGAGUCUCAGGGAAGUCCCUGCAUUUCUCCUAAUGAGCUCACUUGAUUUCCCCUACAGUGUGUGGGGACAGAUGGGCAGCACCCCUUUUCUGUUGCUGGCAGAGUCUGGCCCCACUGGCUUCAGCCAUCCAUCUAUGGCAGAGGGCUCUCCCUUCUUCCCACUUCCAGAGAUGGCAGCUUCUUGGAGACAGACAGACCCCACCAGAGAAAUCUCAGAAUUGGCAUAAGGAAGCAGGUCACACACACACACACACACACACACACACACACACACACACCAUACACCAAAGCCUCCAGCACUUUGCUGAAUCUGCAAAAAUACUGACACAUACUUAAUGAAAUGUUUUACUAAGUACAGGUCUGUGCCUCCAGCAUAGAUGGCUGGGGACUCCCCCCAUUCCCUUUUGGGAACCCUGGGGAACCCAGCAAAUGCAAGCUGGGCUGAGGACCUGCCAGGCAGCUUCUCACCCUAGGUCAGCCAUUUUUGCAUUGAGGUUCCAAAGACCCUGUCUCCCACCCACCGUAGGCACUCCUUCCCAAUAAAGUUAGGUAGAAAAGCCUCUGGUUUGAAACCUCUUUAUUUGUGCCUCAGAAUCAGUCUGGUGCCCCUGGC